CCCCCAUCGUCGCCCCUCUCUCUCCCUUCUGACCAACCCGGCCGCCCCCAGUUUCUUCUCCUCUUCUCUCUCCGCGCUGCCGUCCCGACCCCGUCUUCUGCUCCUCCGCUGCACGCGGCGCCGGCCGCCGGCCGCCGGCCGGCCUCCCUCCAAAUCCGUACGCCGAGCGGGCCCUCCCUCCCUUUCGACCUCCUCCCCUGCCGCAGACACUGCCCCCCGUGAUCCCGUGCCUACAGAUAAUUUGACUCUGAAAAGGUGACGGCUCUGGCCUCGGAGUGAUCUGACACAUAAAGGAUACAGGCGCCCUUAUUACCCUGCUUGAACUAAAGGGGCAACAAAGCGAUUUGUUGUCCUGUUGUUUUGAGCUGGAAAACCCCCGGUAUGGCUGAUGCUAGUUCGAGGACUGACACAUCCAUAGUUGUGGACACUGACGAUAAGAAUCAAAGGAUUGUUGUACACAUUUGCUCCAGUGCCUAAAGAAACAACACACUUCUUAAAUUAGAUAUCAACUUGCAAAAGUGAACAGGACUACUGCUGCUGCACUAUCAGUUUCAUCAGAUGGAAAACGGACAAAAUGGAGCUAUCGUGCCUUCUAAUUCAUCUGAACCAUCUGACAGGUCCGACAGGCCUAUGGACCAAAAGGUAUUGCGGAGGCUUGCCCAAAAUCGCGAGGCAGCACGAAAAAGUCGUCUGAGGAAAAAGGCGUAUGUACAACAACUUGAGAGCAGUAAGCUGAAACUUGCAAGCCUGGAACAAGAACUCCAGAAAGCUCGACAGCAAGGAAUCUUCAUUUCUAGCUCUGGGGAUCAAACUCAUGCUAUGAGUGGAAAUGGAGCGAUGACAUUUGAUUUAGAAUAUACUCGAUGGCUAGAGGAGCAAAAUAAGCAGAUAAAUGAGCUGAGGACUGCAGUAAAUGCUCAUGCAAGUGAUAGUGACCUCCGUCUUAUUGUAGAUGGAAUAAUGGCACAUUAUGACGAAAUAUUCAAGCUGAAGGGCGCUGCUGCAAAGGCUGAUGUGUUUCAUAUACUUUCAGGCAUGUGGAAAACACCUGCUGAAAGGUGUUUUUUGUGGCUUGGGGGUUUUCGUUCGUCUGAGCUUCUAAAGCUCCUUGUAAAUCAGCUCGAGCCUCUAACAGAGCAGCAGUUGAUGGGGUUAUCCAGCCUCGAGCAAUCCUCACACCAGGCCGAGGAUGCACUAUCACAAGGAAUGGAGGCAUUGCAGCAAUCUUUGGCUGAAACGUUGGCUGGUUCCCUUGGUCCAUCAGGAUCUUCAGGAAACGUGGCAAACUACAUGGGUCAAAUGGCUAUGGCUAUGGGAAAACUUGGAACCCUUGAGAAUUUCCUUCGCCAGGCUGACAAUCUACGGCAACAAACUUUGCAUCAAAUGCAAAGAAUUCUGACAAUACGGCAAGCUGCUCGAGCUCUCCUUGCAAUACAUGACUAUUUUUCACGUUUGCGUGCCCUGAGCUCUCUCUGGCUUGCAAGGCCACGGGAGUAAAACAUGUGCGCCAUCUUUUGGCGCUUCAUGAGCUGAUCCAAGAAAUGUGGACAAAUUGCGACGCAUUUGCAGAAGAUUGGUGGUUCAGUUCCCUCUGAAAAAUAUAUUGACACCUUGUGUUCUCAUAUUGUACUUCGAUGUUGUACAAGUAGCCAGGUAGGGGUAAGGCUUGUAACUGUAAGUUACCAUGAAUUUAUGAUUGACAUAUUGUACAUUUGUAUUAGCAAUAAAUAAACGUAGAUAAAAGGUCCAAGAGGACCCAUUGAUUGCA